UGGCAACUCCAUCAGGGCAGUCCAUCAGUCCAGUCAGUGAGGAAAGACGUGUGACCCAUAAGGACUUCCCAAACCACCUGACCACUGACCUGACCACGUCCAGCAGAGGAUGUGUGGAGAAGCCUGACCCUGAAAGAUGGCAGAAAGAGGAUGGUUGUGGUUGCUGGUGGUGGUGGUGGUGUUGGUUGAGGCAGCCCAUGGAGAUGAUAAUGUGUUAUCACUGAACAACACGGGCCCGGCGGUGCUAGACAUUCCCAUAUUCUUCUUCGCCAACCUUGAAGACUUUGAGCCUGGAGAAGAACUGGAGUGGAGAUGGUCGGACAGUUUUGGGAAUCAUUACACCCAUAAUGGAGGUGGACCGAAAGCUUCCUGGGAGAUGAGUUAUAGAUCCUAUGAACACUCGUACUCCACCCAGACCGUCACUGUCACGCUGGAGGUCAUGAAGAAGCACUUGAUUAUUUGGACGGACAGGGCCUACGCAGAGACCUCCUUCCUCUUAUCAGGAUACCUCUUCGGGGAGUUGACAUACAGGCAGAUCAACGUUACAAUCCCCAAACCUGGACUGAUCGCAACCACCAACCAGACCAACCUGACCGUGGCGCUGACAGACCCCUACGGCUGGCUGAAGCAGCACACGGAAUCGGUCUCCUUCUUCUGGGUCAUUAACGAUGUGCAACGUAUUCAAUGCCCAUCCCCGUCUCUCAUCAUCAACAUCACCGAGGCAGGCGACUACAACAUCCAGGCAACCGUCAUUCUAGACCUCUCGGAUGAAAUCAUCACCACCACGACCACCACAACCACCACCACGACUACCACCACAACCACCACCACAACACCCAAGCCAAAUUCCACCACCACAACCACCACCACCACCACCCCGGCACCCACCACCACCACCAGCACCACGGUCAGGCCCACACCGAAGCCCAAGAAGUGGCAGUGUGAUGGCUAUUGGCCUCAGUUCGGAUACAUCAGUGACUUCAGCGUCAAAAGAUACCACAAGUUGGGCUAUUUUUAUACCACCAUCAAGGCCGUAGAACCCAUCGGUCACGUCAACUUGACCGGCAACACUUGGCUGAAGCACGGGGAGCUGGUGGAGCUGACGGUGGUGUGCUCGGGCUCCCCCACCAUCGGCUACUGCAAGAGGAACUACUGGGGGGUGCACAACGUUACGGGGGACGAGAAAUGUGGCGAGGACGAGAUCAUCAUGACCACCACCUGCAACAUCUCCCUUGUGUCGUACUUCCAGGAAAACGGAACCCACACCAUCGUGCUCAUCAUGUUUAACGACAUCUCAAAAUUUGUCUACCCCAUCACCAUCAACAUAUACAAUGUGGAUCGUAAGCCCCAGCUGUCGUACAUCAUCAUCCCAGUGUCCUGCAGCCUAGUGGUCAUCAUCAUCAUUGUGUUUGGAAUCUCGUACUUCAUCCAGAGCAGAAACAGGUAUUCCGUUGAAGUAGCCGACUUUGACUUUGGUGCAAGCGAGGAGACUGAGUACAAGACCUUGUUUGAACAGCUGAAGGAGUCCUUACGGCAGGCACUCUCGGGGCAGGACAGGGACGCAGAUGACGAUUCCAAGUGGAGGCGGCGGUCACACAUGGUGGAGCGGCCUCGGGUAAGGGACUACGGAACAAUGGAAAGCUAGGGUGUAAGUUAUCAGCUUUAAGUCCAUAUUUAUAAACAUCUCGGCGCCUCGGUUCGCCUUUUUGAAGUUGAAAAGCCUCUCGUGGAAGUUGCCGGGGUUUUCAUGGGCUGUUUUGUGGUGCCAGUGAUAGUUUUACCUGACUUCUGCACCUUGAACUGGAAAACUACCCAUGUAAACCAGGUAAAUCUUCUCUAUGGCCUUGAGAAAUAGGCGUAGUGGGAUCCCGAGACAUUUAAAAAUAUGGACGAUAGUCUAUUCCGCUGAGGUGAAAAAGCGUCGGAGAAAAAGCCCGCUGCCCUCCUACCAGUCUCUACCUAAAGCCAUAUUGACCCCAACCCUUAUCAGAUCAACUGUCAGUCAGUCAUCAGCACCAGAGCAGCUGUACCCUUCCUCUGUCUUGGGAAGGAGCAACUUUUCUGACGUUUUCUCACCUUAGGCGGAAAAGACUAUAGGUGUUACAGAGCCAUGAGUCAGGGUUGUGUCAAGUAAGCCUCAGGUAUUAAUCAUUUACCCUCCAUACUGAUAUAUUAGUAAGACUUGAAACGCCGGGCUGGAGGUUUCACACUACGCAGCCAGAAAGUGUGACUCCUCUCAGUGUUGCCAUUAGUUUAUAGUCAUAUGCAACCAUUUAGAUAAGCUUGUAUUGUCUUUCAUAUACGCAUUGUGAUAGAACUACACCACAUCUGUCCUAAGUACUUUCCUGUUGACAUUCCCUCCCUUUUUUACUACUUUUUUCACACUGUUCAUAUAAGCAUUGUGAUAGAACUACACCACAUCUGUUCUAAGUACUUCCCUGUUUCCAUUUCCUCCGUCCCUUUCUUGUCAUACUCUGUUCACACUAAUUUGGCGAACAAGCCUCGUCCCAAACCAGCCCAGGAACCACCAAUCAGAUCCACCCUUCCCCAGCAUCCACCAAUCACAUGCAGAUUGAGUCGGAGAGGAGGCGUGGCUUGCUUGUGAACUGGCCAAUGACAUGCUCUGAGUAGGAAGGCGGGUGGGGCUUUUUGGCCAUGGGAUUUUGAACACAGUGUACCUUUCUGAAUUUUGCUUUGGAUAAAAAUUGUCUGGUCACAGUAUCAGAGCACUUGUUCUUAUUCACAAAUGUGGCAAGUCAGAAAUAUUUUAAGUAAAGCUCCACCAUAGGAUUAAGAAGCAGGAGAGAUAUUACUGUUAAAGUAUUUGUGGAGGAACAGUAAGGAAUGGGAAAAAAGCUGCAUAGAAUAUAGAUUAGAAAAGUGAAGCUGGUUUGGUGCAUUUAAUACAUGAUAGGGUUAAGUAAGGCUACCACAGCAUUAAGGAGCAGGAGACAUCACUGGUUUAGUCUUUGCGGAGAAAUAGUGAGGAAGGAGAACAGUUGCUUGGAGUAGAAAUGUGGGCCAUUUUGGUACUAAUACAUGAUAGGGUUAAGUAAGACUCCACCACAGCAUUAAGGAGCAGGAAAGAUAACACUGGUUUAGUCUUUGCAGAGAAACAGUGAGGAAGGAGAACAGUUGCUUGGAGUAGAAACGUGGAGCUCUUUUGGUACUAAUACAUGAUAGAGUUAAGUAAGACUCCACCACAGCAUUAAGGAGCAGGAAAGAUAAACAGGUGCUUAGAGUAAAACCGUGGAGCUGGUUUGGCACUAAUACAUGACAGGGUAAAGUUAAUUAAGCUUCACCAUAGCAUUAAGGAGUAGGAAAGAUUUUAGUAUUUGGAGAGGAACAGUAAUGGAAAAAAGUAGCUUAUCGAGUAGAAAAAUGGAGCUGGUUUGGUACGUAUUAUACAUGACAGGGUACACUUUCAAAGGUUUAGAAAGGGCAGUAGUUUGUGACAUAUGACAGGGUCAAUUAAGGAGUAGGAAUUUUUUUAGUAUUUGGAGAGGAACAGUAAUGGAAAAAUGUAGCUUAUGGCGUAGAAAAAUGGAGUUGGUUUGGUACGCUUUCAAGGGUUUAGAAAGGGUAGUUGUUUGUGGUAUUAAUUUUAAGUUGGAUCAGGCUCAGUUAAAUUGUUAUGAUCUCAGAUGUCUAGAUGUUGAAAUCCCAUGUGUCUUUUCAGUAGAAGCUUGAAAAGAACAUAAAAAUAAGAAAGAGGAGAAAUCAAUGCAAUCUAGAAGAGGCAAAUUAGUGAGUCUGUAGUAUUAGGGUUGUUACUAGACUCCAUCCAUUGCUCUACCUAUCUGUCUAUCUCACGUUCCUGUCUAUUCAUUAGUUUUCUCUCUAUCUGUCUAUCUUUCUAUUUCUGUAUCACUCAAGAGGAACAAAAGUUAGAUACGAACAUGCUUCCUUUGAUGAUCUGGUUUCUGUAUGAAGUGUACAACAGUCUCUUCUAAGUGUUUCUGUCUAUUCAUUAAUUUUCUCUCUCUAUCUGUCUAUCUUUCUAUUUCCGUAUCACUCAAGAGGAACAAAAGUUAGAUACGAACAUGCUUCAUUUGAUGAUCUGGUUUCUAUAUGAAGUGUACAACAGUCUUCUAAGUGUUUCUGUCUAUUCAUUAAUUUUCUCUCUCUAUCUGUCUAUCUUUCUAUUUCUGUAUCACUCAAGAGGAACAAAAGUUAGAUACGAACAUGCUUCCUUUGAUGAUCUGGUUUCUGUAUGAAGUGUACAACAGUCUCUUCUAAGUGUUUCUGUCUAUUCAUUAAUUUUCUCUAUCUGUCUAUCUUUCUAUUUCCGUAUCACUCAAGAGGAACUGUAGUUAAUACGAACAUGCUUCCUUUGAUGAUCCGGUUUCCACAUUAAGGAUACGACAGUCUUCUUCUAAGUGUAUUUCUCAGAAGGUUUCAAAUGGGUUCACAGGAUGGGUGUAGCAUUUUUUGAUGGUUCGUGAAUUAAUAGUCCUUUGUACCUCUGCUAGCCACAUAACACACACACACACACACACACACAAAUACACACCCCAUUAUUCUUGUACUGAGUCAGGGACGUCCAUUAUUUGCUGGCGCCCAUUAGUGCAUUAUUCUGAUAUGCAAACGGUUCAGAGUCCAUUUUUUCUUUGUUAUGCUCUGCUCCUGAUAUUAAAGCAGUAUUCUAAUAUAAGUCUUCAUUCACUGAGUCAGGGUAUAUUCGGACAUUUAAGUUAGGAGUAAGUUAAGUUUAGUAUAUUAACCGUGUAAUCAUUUGUGUAUCCAAUAAUUUUAAGAGCAGUGUUCAUGGAGAGUAUUUUUUUAGAUAUAUUUUUUAUUAUUUGGCUUAUUGGAUGUUAGUCAGAGAAGGCUCAUGACAUUUAAACUUGCUAUUACUCAGAGAUUCCUUCAGACUGGUAUUAGCAUUGUUCAGCUGCCACUGUGCUUAGAGUUUUGUUUUUUUUUAAUUCUUUUUUUAAGGAAUGGAAGCAGCUCAAGGGCAAAAAAAAAAAAAAAUAUAUAUAGACAAAAAAGCCCACUAAUUGCUGUUUCUAAAAAAGAUAAAAGUAGAGAGUGGCAUCAGCAUUUAAUCAAAAGCUUGACAAGACACUUCAGUUACUUCUCACUGUCUUGUUGGCCGUGAAUCACUAUGCUCAGAAUGUUCAGGUAGACAAGUAGUAAUUGCUGGUAAAUCAUAGACACAAAUGAGAUGCAUUUUCAGCAAACAGUUUUUUUAAUUAGAGAUUUAUUAGCUAUUAUCCAACUCUUAAUCAAGCCAUUAGUUUUGAGGAUGGUACACAAAUGUAUUUAGUAAUCAGCCAAUAGGUGCAUGGUGCCUUUCACCAUAGGUUUGAAUUCUAUAAGCCCUCCCUCAGUUUUCCAUAAGUAUGCAGACCAAUAUCCUAUCAAAUAUCAUAGUAAGUGGAGGGCUGUUAUUUUCUACAUUGAAAUGUGAAUUGUAUUUUCUAAUAAUUUUCUUUGGUAGAAGGCUUUAUCAGUUUUGACUUAGUGUAAGCAAACUUUUUUAUAACCUACUUAUUUGCUAAGUUCAAAAGGCAGCAAUUAGUGAUAUCUGCCAGUCCCUUUUUGAGCAUGUAAUGUUACCUAACAUUACAGACUAACUUCUGCCAUGUGAUGAAGCAGAAGUUGCUUUUGGGGAAUAAUAUUGGAAGAAUGUUUGUUACUCAGUUUUCUUGCAAAUACAUAAGUUUACAGAAA